AUGGCGCAUCGAAUCAUCACGCAAAUCGUCCUCACCGGCGGCCGUGUUUUCGGCAAAGCCUUUGCAGAGGCAUACAAGCAAGCACAAGCAUCCUCUCAAUAUGCGAAAUCUGCCGCCGGAAGCGGAUCGGCCGCGGCCAACAACUCUGCGGCCUCUGGCAUGAGCCUCGACGAAGCCUGCAGAAUCCUCAAUGUGAAACCUCCCCAGGGUGGCGUGGCCAACAUGGAGCAGGUUCUGGAACGAUUCAAGAAAUUAUACGACCUUAAUGAACCCAAGAAAGGUGGUGGCGGCUCAUUCUACCUGCAAAGCAAGAUCCUCCGCGCACGGGAACGAAUAGAGAUGGAAGCGCAGGCCGCCGAACGGAAGGCCGCUCUGGAAAGAGAAAUCAAAGAAGGUUGGAAGCCCAAAAUGUACAGAGAUUGA